AUGCAUCUCUCUUUGAACUUGUUUGUAUAUUUCUCUGAUCAAAUUGUCAAUACCAACUUCAACACUAACCUCUUCACCAACCUCAUCAUUAACAUCAUAUCUCACCUCAUCACUCACCUCUUCACCAACCUCUUCACCAACCUCUUCACCAACCUCUUCACCAACCUCUUCACCAACCUCUUCACCAACCUCUUCACCAACCUCUUCACCAACCUCUUCACCAACCUCUUCACCAACCUCUUCACCAACCUCUUCACCAACCUCUUCACCAACCUCUUCACCAACCUCUUCACCAACCUCUUCACCAACCUCUUCACCAACCUCUUCACCAACCUCUUCACCAACGUCAUCACUAACCUCAUCACCAACCUCAUCACCAACCUCAUUACCAACCUCAAUACAACCUCAUCAUCAAACUCAUCACCAACCCCAUCACCAAUCCCAUCUCAUCACCAACCUCUUCACCAACCUCAUCAACAACUUCAGCACCAACCUCAUUACCAACCUCAAUACAACCUGAUCAACAACCUCAUCACCAACCUCAUCACCAACCUCAUCACCAACCCCAUCACCAACCCCAUCACCAACCCCAUCACCAACCCCAUCACCAACCCCAUCACCAACCCCAUCACCAACCCCAUCACCAACCCCAUCACCAACCCCAUCACCAACCCCAUCACCAACCCCAUCACCAACCCCAUCACCAACCCCAUCACCAACCCCAUCACCAACCCCAUCACCAACCCCAUCACCAACCCCAUCACCAACCCCAUCACCAACCCCAUCACCAACCCCAUCACCAACCCCAUCACCAACCCCAUCACCAACCCCAUCACCAACCCCAUCACCAACCCCAUCACCAACCCCAUCACCAACUCCAUCACCAACCCCAUCACCAACCCCAUCACCAACCCCAUCACCAACCCCAUCACCAACCCCAUUACCAACCUUUAUUCUCAACAUCGCUCAAGUAAGACCUUUUUCAUGAAAUUCACAACUGUGCAAAUAUUUUAG